AUGGCUAAACCAUCGCCAGCAGACAUAAGGAAGGACAACCUUCCUGCAGAAACCGACGCUAGUAACCGGGUCCUCGACAUGGCUGAAGGCAAAGUCCAAGACAUUGUCUUGGAUACCAUCGACGCUGCCCAAUCUCAGUAUACGGAGGCCGAGUACAAGAAGGUUCUCCGUAAGAUCGACCUUGUUCUUUUGCCAUUGAUGUGGCUAUGUUAUGGCACCCAACAGGCGGAUAAGACAUCUAUCUCUACCCAGGCAACAUUUGGCUUGCGAGAGGAUACUGGGCUUGUGGGCCAGCAAUUCUCAUGGUUGAGUACAAUCUUCUACAUCGCUUACCUUGUCGGCGAAGCACCCGGGAACUACUUGAUGCAGCGCUUUAGCUUGAACAAGACACUUUUCGUUUGCAUGUUCUGCUGGGGUGUUAUCGUCCUCAGUAUUGCCUUUACACACAACUUUGCUCAACUCAUGGUGCUUCGUGCCCUACAAGGUCUCUUUGAAUGUACCAUCUCCCCGGCCUUUCUUCUUAUCACUGCCUCUUUCUACGUUAGUCGUGAGCAUACGAUGCGAUCGAUUAUCUGGGGUACCUCGAACAGCGGUAUGGAUAUCAUAACACAACUGGUCAUGUAUGGUAUCGGGAAGGGGGCCCAGGCCAAUCCAAACAGCUUUAGCCCAUGGCGAUACAUUAGCAUUUUUCUUGGCUGCUGGACUAUCCUCAUGUCUAUUUUCUCCUUGCUGAUCUUGGGGACUCCCAACGAAGUCCGCUGGCUGUCAGAGGAAGAAAAGCGCAUCACGGCGGCCCGCAUUGUCAGCAAUAAGACAGGAUCCAGCAGACAGCAGUUUAAGAAGUGGCGUUGGGAUCAGGUGUGGAUCACCUUCAAGGAUCCCCAAACCUACUUUUUCUUUUUUACUGUCAUUAUCAACUCCCUCCCCAACGGCGGAACCACGGCGUUUGGAAACCUGGUGUAUGUGUCUUUUGGCUUUACACCCUUGGAGACCUUGGCCAAGGGAACCAUUCCCCAGAACAUUGUCACAAUUGUCUGGUUCCUGUUCGUAGGUAUUGUUUCUCUCAAGAAACCCAAUUCCAGGUUUAUUCUUAUGGUGGUCUCCACCAUUCCAGCCUUUGUUGGUAUGCUGGCCCUCGGACUGCUACCUAAAGAAGGAAUGCUGUGGACUCGAUGGGGUCUUUACCUUAUGGCUGUGACUGGCCGUCUGCCAGGUCUCUUGAUUUGGACUCUACUCCCAUCCAAUGUGGCUGGUAGAACUAAAAAGUCGGUUACCGGUACGCUCAUUUUCAUCGCCUACUGCAUUGGCAACGCCGUUGGCGCACAGACUUUCCAGGCCAAGUGGGCACCUCAGUACAUUCCCGCGAUUAUUAUUUGCGGAGUCAUGUAUGCAGUGGAAUGCGUUCUGUUUAUUGCUUGGAGAUUCUACUACACUAUAGAGAACAGACGAAGAGCGAGGAAGAUUCAGGAGCUGGGCCUUACUGCUGAACAAUCUGCUCACCAGGGGCAAGUUUACGCAGAAUCGGAUAUGACCGACAGGGAGAACAUUCAUUUCAAGUAUAGCAUGUAA